AUGGGUGGGGUAGGGGGGGGGGGCGGGGGGGGGGGGGGGGGGGGGGGGGGGGGGGGGGGGGGGGGGGGGGGGGGGGGGGGGGGGGGGGGGGGGGGGGGGAUUAUAAUAUACUGUAGACGCUGCCCUUUCCACCUCCCCCACCACCACCCCCACCUCCACCACCACCACCCCCUCCACACCACCACCCCUCCUCCACACCACCACCUCCCCCCCACCACCCCCUCCUCCACAUCACCCCCUCCUCCACAUCACCACCCCUCCACCACCCACCUCCUCCACACCACCACCUCCUCCACACCACCCCUCCUCCACCCCACCACCACCUCCACACCACCACCUCCUCCACAUCACCCCUCCUCCACCUCCCCCACACCACCACCUCCUCCACAUCACCCCUCCCCCACACCACCACCUCCCCACCACCCCACCUCCUCCACACCACCACCUCCUCCACACCACCACCUCCUCCACACCACCACCUCCUCCACCUCACCACCUCCCCCACACCACCACCUCCUCCACACCACCACCCCUCCACUCCACCCCCACCCCCCCCUCCACCACCCCCCCCCCACCUCACCACCCCCUCCAACUCCUCCACCUCCCACAACACCCCCACCUCCCCACCCACCCCCCACCACCCAUCCCCCCCCCACCCCAUCCCCAACUCCUCCACCCCACCCCCCUCCUCCCCAUCCCCCACCACCACCCCCUACCUCCACCUCCUCCACCUCCCCACCACCACCACCACCCCUCCACCCACCCACACCCCCACCACCACCUCCUCCUCCACCCCCCCCCCUUACCACCUCCCCCACCCCCCCGACCACCCCACCACCUCCCCCCCAACCCACCACCUCACCCCCACCACCUCCCACUCCCCACCACCAUCCCCACCCCCUCCACAUCACCCACCCCCCCCUCCACCAUCCACCCCCCCACAUCCCACCACCCCCUCCUCCCACCACCACCCACUCCCACCCACCACCCUACCUCCACCAAUCCACCCUCCCCACACCUACCCCUCCACCCACCACCACCCCUCCCCCCACCACCUCCCCACCCCCCCCCUCCACCCCCCCCCCCCCCUCCACCACCACCUCCCCCCCCACCUCCCCCCACCACCCCCUCCACCCCCACCACCCCCUCCACACCACCACCCCCCCCCACCACCACCUCCCCUCCCACCCACCACCACCCUCCCCCCACACCCCCCCCCCCCACCUCCCCCUCCCUCCCCACCACCCCCCACCCCACCCCACCACCCCACCCCCACCAUCCCCCACCCCCCCCCCCCUACCCCCACCCCCCCCACCACCACCCUCCCCCAACCACCACCCCCUCCCCCCCACCACCUACCACCACCCCCCCUCCACCCCCACCCCCCCCCACCACCCCCCUCCACACCACCCCCUCCCCACACCACCACCUCCCCCAACCCCCCCCACCCACCCACCCCCUCCCCACUCUCCCCCUCCCCACACCCCCACCCAUCCCCCCACCACCCCCCCCACCACCCCCACCCCCCACCCCACCCCCCCCCCCAACCACCCCACCCCCCCACCCCACCCCAUCCCCCCCCCACCCCCUCCCCCACCUCCACCCCCACCACCACCACCCCCCCACCCCACCACCCCCCUCCAACCCACUCCCCCCCACCACAUCCACCACCCACCCCACCACCCCACCACCACCACCACCCCACCCCCCCCCCACCACCCCCUCCCCACACCCCACCGUCCCCACCACCACCCCCACCACCACACCACCACCCCCCCCACCCCACCUACCACCACCACCCCCACCCCCCCCCACCACCCCCCCCCCCACCACCCCAACCCCUCCCCACCCCCACCCCCACCUCCUCCACACCACCACCCCCCCCCCACCACCACCACCUCCCCCACCCAUCCCCCUCCUCCUCCACCAUCCCCACCUCCUCACACCACCACCCCCCCACACCCACCUCCUCCCCCUCCCCCACCACCCUCCUCCCUCCACCCUCCUGCCUACCACACCACCACCCUCCUCCCACCCACCCACCCCUCCACACUCACCCCCUCCCCCUACCACCCCCACCCCCCCACACUCCCCCACACCUCCCCUCCAUCCACCACCCCACCUCCCCCUCCACACCACGCACGUCCUCCCCCACACCCCCCCCACCCCCUCCACCCCUCCACCCCACCACCACCCCCCCCCCCGCCCAUCACCACCUCCCCCACCACCCUCCUCCACAUCCCCACCAACUCCUCCCCCACACCACCUCCUCCUCCUCCACCACCACCCCUCCACACCACCACCACCCCAACUCCACCACCACCUCCUUCCCACCACCACCCCCCACCACCACCCCAACCCCCUCCACCACCCCCCCCACCUCCCCCCACCUCCUCCCCCACCUCCCCCCACCCCACCACCCCCACCUCCACCCCCACCCCCUCCACCUCCACCACCCCCUCCCCACCACCACCACCCCCCCCACCUCCCCCCACCUCCCCACCUCCACCUCCUCCACCCCCCCUCCCCACACCCCACCACCUCCACCCGACCUCCACCUCCACACCCACCACCUCCACCACUCCACUCCCACCCACCUCACCCCCUCCUCCCCCACUCCACCACCUCACCACCUCCCCCCCACCUCCCCCACCCCCCACCUCCCCCACACCCCCACCCCCUCAUCACACCACCUCCUCCCCCACACCCACCACCUCCACCCACAUCCCCCCCCUCCACCCCAACACCACCACCUCCACCUUCACCCCCACCACCUCCACCCCCCCCUCCUCCACCCCACCCCCCCCCACCCACCUCCACCACCACCUCCUACCCCACCCCACCUCCACCCCCCCACCCCCCUCCACCUCCCACCCCCCCACCCCCCUCCACCCCCUCCCCCUCCACCCCCCCCCACCCCACCACCUCCACCCCCCACCACCCCACCACCCCCUCCCCCCCACCACCCACCUUCCACCCCUCCCCACCUCCUCCCACAUCACCACCCCUCCCAUCACCCCCCCCUCCACCCACCACCCCCUCCUCCCCCCCACCACCACCCCCACACCACCACCCCUCCACACCACCUCCCCCCACCUCCCCCCUCACCCCGCCCCACUCCCCCCCCACCACCACCACCUCCUCCACCACCCCUCCUCCACCCACCACCACCACCACCCCUCCACCACAUCCCACACCUCCUCCUCCACCACCACCCACCUCCAACACCCCCUCCCACCUCCCCACCACCACCCCUCCACCCACACCCCCACCUCCCACCCCACCACCCUCCCCACACCACCACCCCCCCCCCCCUCCCCACCCCCCCCACCACCACCCCACUCCUCCCCCACCCACCCCCCCACCACCACCCACACCACCCCCACCCACCCACCUCCUCCACAUCACCACCACCUCCCCACCCCCACCACCACCAACCCACCUCCACCCACCCCCCCUCUCACACCCACCUCCUCCACUCACCACCCCUCCUCCACACCCACCACCUCCACACUCCACCUCCUCCUCCACAUCACCACCUCCUCCCACCACCACCUCCACCCCACACCACCACCUCCACCACCACCUCCUCCUCCACAUCACCACCUCCUCCACAUCACCACCUCCUCCACCACCAUCACCUCCUCCCCACAUCACCACCUCCUCCACAUCACCACCCUCCUCCACAUCCCACCACCUCCACACCACCACCACCUCCUCCACAUCACCACCUCCUCCACAUCACCUCCUCCUCCACACCCACCACCUCCUCCUCCACAUCACCACCUCCUCCCAUCACCCCCUCCUCCACAUCACCACCUCCUCCACAUCACCUCCUCCUCCACACACCUCCUCCUCCACAUCACCUCCUCCUCCACAUCACCUCCUCCUCCACAUCACCUCCUCCUCCACAUCACCACCUCCUCCACAUCCACCCACCUCCUCCACAUCCACCUCCUCCUCCCACAUCACCUCCUCCUCCACAUCACCACCUCCUCCACAUCCACCUCCUCCUCCACAUCACCUCCUCCUCCACAUCACCACCUCCUCCACACCACCACCUCCUCCACAUCACCACCUCCUCCACAUCACCACCUCCUCCACAUCACCACCUCCUCCACAUCACCACCUCCUCCUCCACACCACCACCUCCUCCACAUCCACACCUCCUCCUCCACAUCACCACCUCCUCCACACCACCACCUCCUCCACAUCACCACCUCCUCCUCCACAUCACCUCUCCUCCUCCACAUCACCACCUCCUCCAAACCACCACCUCCUCCACAUCACCACCUCCUCCACAUCACCUCCUCCUCCACAUCACCACCCCCUCCACAUCACCCUCCUCAUCCACAUCACCACCUCCUCCACACCACCACCUCCUCCACAUCACCUCCUCCUCCACAUCACCUCCUCCUCCACAUCACCACCUCCUCCACACCACCACCUCCUCCACAUCACCUCCUCCUCCACAUCACCCACCUCCUCCACACCACCACCUCCUCCACAUCACCACCUCCUCCACAUCACCACCUCCUCCACAUCACCACCUCCUCCUCCACACCACCACCUCCUCCACAUCACCACCUCCUCCUCCACAUCACCACCUCCUCCACACCACCACCUCCUCCACAUCACCACCUCCUCCACAUCACCACCUCCUCCACAUCACCUCCUCCUCCACAUCACCACCACCUCCAACACCACCACCUCCUUCACAUCACCACCUCCUCCUCCACAUCACCACCUCCUCCACACCACCACCUCCUCCACAUCACCACCUCCUCCACACCACCACCUCCUCCACAUCACCACCUCCUCUCCACAUCACCACCUCCUCCACAUCACCUCCUCCUCCACAUCACCACCACCUCCCACACCACCACCUCCUUCACAUCACCACCUCCUCCUCCACAUCACCACCUCCUCCACAUCACCUCCUCCUCCUCCACAUCACCUCCUCCUCCACCACAUCACCUCCUCCUCCACAUCACCACCACCUCCACAUCUCCACCUCCUCCACAUCUCCACCUCCUCCACAUCACCACCUCCUCCACACCACCACCUCCUCCACAUCACCACCUCCUCCACAUCACCACCUCCUCCACACCACCACCACCUCCACAUCUCCACCUCCUCCACAUCACCUCCUCCUCCACAUCACCACCUCCUCCACAUCACCACCACCUCCACAUCUCCACCUCCUCCACAUCACCUCCUCCUCCACAUCACCACCUCCUCCACAUCACCUCCUCCUCCACAUCUCCACCUCCUCCUCCACACCACCACCUCCUCCACAUCACCUCCUCCUCCACAUCACCACCUCCUCCACAUCACCACCUCCUCCACAUCACCACCACCUCCACCUCCUCCACAUCACCACCUCCUCCACAUCACCUCCUCCUCCACAUCUCCACCUCCUCCUCCACAUCACCUCCUCCUCCACAUCACCACCACCUCCUCCACAUCACCACCACCCCCUCCACAUCACCUCCUCCUCCACAUCACCUCCUCCACAUCACCUCCUCCUCCACAUCACCACCUCCUCCACACCACCACCACCUCCACAUCUCCACCUCCUCCACAUCUCCACCUCCUCCACAUCACCUCCUCCUCCACAUCACCACCUCCUCCACAUCACCACCACCUCCACAUCUCCACCUCCUCCACAUCACCUCCUCCUCCACAUCACCACCUCCUCCACAUCACCUCCUCCUCCACAUCUCCACCUCCUCCUCCACACCACCACCUCCUCCACAUCACCUCCUCCUCCACAUCACCACCUCCUCCACAUCACCACCUCCUCCACAUCACCACCACCUCCACCUCCUCCACAUCACCACCUCCUCCACAUCACCUCCUCCUCCACAUCUCCACCUCCUCCUCCACAUCACCUCCUCCUCCACAUCACCACCACCUCCUCCACAUCACCACCACCCCCUCCACAUCACCUCCUCCUCCACAUCACCUCCUCCACAUCACCUCCUCCACAUCACCACCUCCUCCACAUCACCUCCUCCUCCACAUCACCACCUCCUCCACAUCACCACCACCUCCUCCACAUCACCACCUUCUCCACACCACCACCUCCUCCACAUCACCACCUCCUCCUCCACAUCACCACCUCCUCCACACCACCACCUCCUCCACAUCACCACCUCCUCCUCCACAUCACCACCUCCUCCACAUCACCUCCUCCUCCACAUCACCACCACCUCCCACACCACCACCUCCUUCACAUCACCACCUCCUCCUCCACAUCACCUCCUCCUCCUCCACAUCACCUCCUCCUCCACAUCACCACCACCUCCACAUCACCUCCUCCACAUCUCCACCUCCUCCACAUCACCACCUCCUCCACACCACCACCUCCUCCACAUCACCACCUCCUCCACAUCACCACCUCCUCCACACCACCACCACCUCCACAUCACCUCCUCCUCCACAUCUCCACCUCCUCCUCCACAUCACCACCUCCUCCAAAGCACCACCUCCUCCACACCACCACCACCUCCACAUCACCACCCCCUCCACAUCACCUCCUCCUCCACAUCACGUCCUCCUCCACAUCACCUCCUCCUCCACAUCACCUCCUCCUCCACAUCACCACCUCCUCCACAUCACCACCACCUCCUCCACAUCACCACCUCCUCCACAUCACCUCCUCCUCCACAUCACCUCCUCCUCCACAUCACCACCUCCUCCACAUCACCUCCUCCUCCACAUCACCACCUCCUCCACAUCACCUCCUCCUCCACAUCACCUCCUCCUCCACAUCACCUCCUCCUCCACAUCACCUCCUCCUCCACAUCACCUCCUCCUCCACAUCACCACCUCCUCCACACCACCACCUCCUCCACAUCACCUCCUCCUCCACAUCACCUCCUCCUCCACAUCACCACCUCCUCCACAUCACCUCCUCCUCCACAUCACCUCCUCCUCCACAUCACCACCUCCUCCACACCACCACCUCCUCCACAUCACCACCUCCUCCACAUCACCACCUCCUCCACAUCACCACCUCCUCCACAUCACCACCUCCUCCUCCACACCACCACCUCCUCCACAUCCACACCUCCUCCUCCACAUCACCACCUCCUCCACACCACCACCUCCUCCACAUCACCACCUCCUCCACAUCACCUCCUCCUCCACAUCACCACCACCUCCCACACCACCACCUCCUUCACAUCACCACCUCCUCCACAUCACCACCUCCUCCUCCACACCACCACCUCCUCCACAUCACCACCUCCUCCUCCACAUCACCACCUCCUCCACACCACCACCUCCUCCACAUCACCACCUCCUCCACAUCACCUCCUCCUCCACAUCACCUCCUCCUCCACAUCACCUCCACCUCCACAUCACCACCUCCUCCACAUCACCUCCUCCUCCACAUCACCUCCUCCUCCACAUCACCACCUCCUCCACACCACCACCUCCUCCACAUCACCACCACCUCCACAUCUCCACCUCCUCCUCCACACCACCACCACCUCCUCCACAUCACCACCUCCUCCUCCACAUCACCACCUCCUCCACAUCACCACCUCCUCCUCCACAUCACCACCUCCUCCACACCACCACCUCCUCCACAUCUCCACCUCCUCCACAUCACCUCCUCCUCCACAUCACCACCUCCUCCACAUCACCACCACCUCCACAUCACCACCUCCUCCACAUCACCUCCUCCUCCACAUCACCACCACCUCCACAUCUCCACCUCCUCCACAUCUCCACCUCCUCCACAUCACCUCCUCCUCCACAUCACCACCUCCUCCACAUCACCUCCUCCUCCACAUCACCACCUCCUCCUCCACACCACCACCUCCUCCACAUCACCUCCUCCUCCACAUCACCACCUCCUCCACAUCACCACCACCUCCACCUCCUCCACAUCACCACCUCCUCCACAUCACCUCCUCCUCCACAUCUCCACCUCCUCCUCCACAUCACCUCCUCCUCCACAUCACCACCACCUCCUCCACAUCACCACCACCCCCUCCACAUCACCUCCUCCUCCACAUCACCUCCUCCACAUCACCUCCUCCUCCACAUCACCACCUCCUCCACAUCACCUCCUCCUCCACAUCACCACCUCCUCCACAUCACCACCACCUCCUCCACAUCACCACCUCCUCCACACCACCACCUCCUCCACAUCACCACCUCCUCCUCCACAUCACCACCUCCUCCACACCACCACCUCCUCCACAUCACCACCUCCUCCUCCACAUCACCACCUCCUCCACAUCACCUCCUCCUCCACAUCACCACCACCUCCCACACCACCACCUCCUUCACAUCACCACCUCCUCCUCCACAUCACCUCCUCCACAUCACCUCCUCCUCCACAUCACCACCACCUCCACAUCACCUCCUCCUCCACAUCACCACCUCCUCCACAUCACCACCUCCUCCACACCACCACCUCCUCCACAUCACCACCUCCUCCACAUCACCACCUCCUCCACACCACCACCACCUCCACAUCACCUCCUCCUCCACAUCUCCACCUCCUCCUCCACAUCACCACCUCCUCCAAAGCACCACCUCCUCCACACCACCACCACCUCCACAUCACCACCCCCUCCACAUCACCAGCCCCUCCACAUCACCUCCUCCUCCACAUCACGUCCUCCUCCACAUCACCUCCUCCUCCACAUCACCUCCUCCUCCACAUCACCACCUCCUCCACAUCACCACCACCUCCUCCACAUCACCACCUCCUCCACAUCACCUCCUCCUCCACAUCACCUCCUCCUCCACAUCACCACCUCCUCCACAUCACCUCCUCCUCCACAUCACCACCUCCUCCACAUCACCUCCUCCUCCACAUCACCUCCUCCUCCACAUCACCUCCUCCUCCACAUCACCUCCUCCUCCACAUCACCUCCUCCUCCACAUCACCACCUCCUCCACACCACCACCUCCUCCACAUCACCUCCUCCUCCACAUCACCUCCUCCUCCACAUCACCACCUCCUCCACAUCACCUCCUCCUCCACAUCACCUCCUCCUCCACAUCACCACCUCCUCCACACCACCACCUCCUCCACAUCACCACCUCCUCCACAUCACCACCUCCUCCACAUCACCACCUCCUCCACAUCACCACCUCCUCCUCCACACCACCACCUCCUCCACAUCCACACCUCCUCCUCCACAUCACCACCUCCUCCACACCACCACCUCCUCCACAUCACCACCUCCUCCACAUCACCUCCUCCUCCACAUCACCACCACCUCCCACACCACCACCUCCUUCACAUCACCACCUCCUCCACAUCACCACCUCCUCCUCCACACCACCACCUCCUCCACAUCACCACCUCCUCCUCCACAUCACCACCUCCUCCACACCACCACCUCCUCCACAUCACCACCUCCUCCACAUCACCUCCUCCUCCACAUCACCUCCUCCUCCACAUCACCUCCACCUCCACAUCACCACCUCCUCCACAUCACCUCCUCCUCCACAUCACCUCCUCCUCCACAUCACCACCUCCUCCACACCACCACCUCCUCCACAUCACCACCACCUCCACAUCUCCACCUCCUCCUCCACACCACCACCUCCUCCACAUCACCACCUCCUCCACACCACCACCUCCUCCACAUCACCACCUCCUCCACAUCACCACCUCCUCCACAUCACCACCUCCUCCUCCACACCACCUCCUCCUCCACAUCACCACCUCCUCCUCCACAUCACCUCCUCCUCCACAUCACCACCUCCUCCACAUCACCACCACCUCCUCCACAUCACCACCACCUCCUCCACAUCACCACCUCCUCCUCCACAUCACCUCCUCCUCCACAUCACCACCUCCUCCACAUCACCUCCUCCUCCACAUCACCUCCUCCUCCACAUCACCACCUCCUCCAAACCACCACCUCCUCCACAUCACCACCUCCUCCACAUCACCUCCUCCUCCACAUCACCACCCCCUCCACAUCACCUCUCUCCACAUCACCUCCUCCUCCACAUCACCACCUCCUCCACACCACCACCUCCUCCACAUCACCUCCUCCUCCACAUCACCUCCUCCUCCACAUCACCACCUCCUCCACACCACCACCUCCUCCACAUCACCUCCUCCUCCACAUCACCACCUCCUCCACACCACCACCUCCUCCACAUCACCACCUCCUCCACAUCACCACCUCCUCCACAUCACCACCUCCUCCUCCACACCACCACCUCCUCCACAUCACCACCUCCUCCUCCACAUCACCACCUCCUCCACACCACCACCUCCUCCACAUCACCACCUCCUCCACAUCACCACCUCCUCCACAUCACCACCACCUCCAACACCACCACCUCCUUCACAUCACCACCUCCUCCUCCACAUCACCACCUCCUCCACACCACCACCUCCUCCACAUCACCACCUCCUCCACAUCACCACCUCCUCCACAUCACCACCUCCUCCACAUCACCACCUCCUUCUCCACAUCACCUCCUCCUCCACAUCACCUCCUCCUCCACAUCACCACCUCCUCCACACCACCACCUCCUCCACAUCACCACCUCCUCCACAUCUCCACCUCCUCCACAUCACCACCUCCUCCACACCACCUCCUCCACACCACCACCUCCUCCACAUCACCUCCUCCUCCACAUCACCUCCUCCUCCACAUCACCUCCUCCUCCACAUCACCACCCCCUCCACAUCACCAUCACCUCCUCCUCCACAUCACCUCCUCCUCCACAUCACCACCUCCUCCACAUCACCACCUCCUCCACAUCACCACCUCCUCCACAUCACCUCCUCCUCCACAUCACCUCCUCCUUCACAUCACCACCUCCUCCACAUCUCCACCUCCUCCACAUCACCACCUCCUCCACACCACCUCCUCCACAUCACCACCUCCUCCACAUCACCUCCUCCUCCACAUCACCUCCUCCUCCACAUCACCACCUCCUCCACAUCUCCACCUCCUCCACAUCACCACCUCCUCCACACCACCUCCUCCACAUCACCACCUCCUCCACACCACCUCCUCCACAUCACCACCUCCUCCACAUCACCACCUCCUCCACAUCACCUCCUCCUCCACAUCACCUCCUCCUCCACAUCACCUCCUCCUCCACAUCACCACCUCCUCCACAUCACCACCUCCUCCACAUCACCACCUCCUCCACAUCACCUCCUCCUCCACAUCACCUCCUCCUCCACAUCACCUCCUCCUCCACAUCACCUCCUCCUCCACAUCACCACCUCCUCCACAUCACCACCCCCUCCACAUUACCACCUCCUCCACAUCACCUCCUCCUCCACAUCACCACCUCCUCCACAUCACCUCCUCCUCCACAUCACCUCCUCCUCCACAUCACCUCCUCCUCCACAUCACCACCUCCACAUCACCUCCUCCUCCACAUCACCUCUUACAAUACAAUACAAUACAAUUUAUUCUUGUAUAG